AUGGCGUCACAAAGGCGCCGGCGCUCGUGGUGCGUUCUGGGAGUGAGCGCGGCCCUGGCCCUGGCGGCCGUCGUGGCGGUCUGUCCCGCGUGUGCUUGGCUCCGUCGCUGCCUUUCGAUUGCCAGAAUUGAGGCUGUAGACGGCGAAGUUAGCCAGGAUAACAAGUUUAAAAUCCGGGCUCAGCCGGAAGAGCCAAAGCGCGUCCUCAUCACGGCCGCUCCUCGCCCCCCAGGCGGAGAAUGCCGCUCAGGUUCUGCGAGGUUUGAGCCUCGUGGCUCUCCGUUCCCGACCCCCGUGGACGCGUUCCCGCGCUUUCUGGCGUGAGGGGUCAGAGGUCGCCGCCUUCACGCAAGGAACGUAGCGCAGGGGGCGGCGGCCAUGGACGAAGCGAGCGGCGCUCAGGAGCACAUGGGAACCAAAGAGGAAUUUGUUAAAGUCAGAAAGAAGGACCUGGAACGGCUGACAACUGAAGUGAUGCAAAUACGGGAUUUCUUACCCAGAAUACUAAAUGGGGAGGUGCUGGAAAGCUUCCAGAAAUUGAAGAUUGUAGAAAAAAACCUGGAAAGGAAAGAGCAAGAAUUAGAGCAGCUGAAAAUGGAUUGUGAGCACUUUAAAGCCCGCCUGGAAACCGUGCAGGCCGACAGCGUGAGAGAGAAGAAGGAGAGGCUGGCUCUUCGACAUCAGUUGAAUGAAGCAAAGCAGCAGCUCCUGCAGCAGGCAGAGUAUUGUACAGAAAUGGGGGCAGCAGCCUGUACCCUCCUGUGGGGCGUCUCCAGCAGCGAGGAAGUUGUCAAGGCCAUUUUGGGAGGAGAUAAAGCUUUGAAGUUUUUCAGCAUCACUGGUCAAACAAUGGAGAGUUUUGUGAAGUCACUGGAUGGUGAUGUCAAGGAGCUGAAUUCAGAUGAAAAUCAGUUUGUUUUUGCUCUGGCUGGCAUUGUAACAAAUGUUGCUGCCAUAGCAUGUGGUCGUGAGUUCCUGGUUAAUUCAAGCCGGGUGCUCCUGGACACCAUAUUGCAGCUUCUGGGAGACCUGAAGCCAGGACAGUGCACCAAACUCAAAGUGCUAAUGCUGAUGUCCCUGUACAACGUGAGCAUCAAUUUGAAAGGCUUGAAGUAUAUCAGCGAGAGUCCAGGAUUCAUUCCUUUGCUGUGGUGGCUUUUGAGCGAUAUCGUCGAGACAAGGGUGUCUCCUGUUCGUGUGCUAAGAGCAGAGGAGCUGACCUCCUUUGUCUUUGGCUGUCUUCAAGGACGUGUGUAUAGCAGACAUCCUUAGAGGACACAUGCUGUCUCCGUCCAGAGCAUAGGGUGGGUUUAUUUGCACCCAUGUAGUAAAUAUAAUGCCCAUCUAGGGCAAAGUUCAGCCAGAGCUAUGGGCUCCUCUCCUGGGACACAGCCCACAGCCUGUGUGUGGCCCUGUGGAACUGGGUCUUAAGCUGGCAUAAAUGCUGCUAGUCUGCCUAUGGCUGUUGCUGUAACAGGUUCUUGGUCUCAGACUCAAGAAUUACUGUCUUCUGCCAGCAUCUGUAAAACUCCAGUGUGCUAGCUUAUUAGCUUGCAAGGGGGUAAAGCCCUAGACCUUCCGCAGUUUGAGGGCAGGUCCAGGCUACGCCUGUGCUCCACUGAUAACACUUACCUACCAGGGUUGGACAGCUUUUUUCCUCUCAAGAGUCAUAGAAUCAGAGGUGCUUCCUAGUCCUGACCUGUAAGGUAGCUAUCCGGGCUGGUUGUUACGGACCCUGAGCAAGUGGACAGUGUCAGUUUGUGGGAGGGGAUGGUGGAGGUGCCAGGGAGAGAAAAAUUAAGAAUACCUAAUACUUCUUGAGUACUGGUCAUGGCUUUAAGUGCAUUACUGUCAGUAGCCUGCAAGGCAAGGAUUGUUUUUGUAUUACAGAUGAAGAAACUGAGGCACGUAGAGGUGAGUGAGGUGGCAGGGUUAUAUAGCUACGGGUGGUGGAGCCGGGAUUUGAGACUCCGACCGCCUGGCUCCUGACUCUGUUUCCCAAUCAAUCUGUGGGACUGCUGCUCAGCAGGACAUGGCUCAGGGGUGGAAGCCUUAGUGCUGGAUGACUUUUUUUUUUUUUUGAGACUAGGUUUCGUUCUUGUUGCCCAGGCUGAAGUGCAGUGGCGUAAUCUUGGCUCGCUGCAACUUCCACCUCCCAGGUUCAAGCCUCAGCCUCCCAGGUAGCUGGGAUUAUAGGUGUCCGCCACCAUACGCGGCUAAUUUUUGUAUUUUAGUAGAGAGGGUUUCACCAUGUUGGCCAGGCUGGUCUCAAACUCCUGAGCUCAGGUGAUCCCCCCUACUCAGCCUCUCCCAGUGCUGGGAUUACAGCUAGUGCUGGAUGACUUCUCACCUUCAGUUGACUUCAGGUCUGGUUUUGCUUGGUUUCUGAAUCAGCUCCCCUGAAACAAUACGCCAGUCUCUACUUAGGCUAAUUUGCAGCCAGUAAUCCUCCUUUCUCAUAAGAAGAAGAGUUUUGGCUAAAUGUUCUCUAUGGCCCUUUGAGCUCUGGUCCUCCGGAAGUUUCCUGGGGUGAGUGAAACUGUGGUGGGCUUCAUCUUAAUUUUUGUAGUUCCAUCUAUAGCAAGCAACCCAGGAGUGUUAGCUCUGCCGCUCAUCAGAGAUUGUGUUCUUUGAUUCAGGUGACUUUUCCUGCUAAAGCUCUGGGUAGCAGAGAAUAUGAGGUGCUUGUUUAGUUGUGUUAAUGCAAUAUCUGCUUCUGGGACAUCAUCCCAGGCUUUCUUAUUCGUGAAGAUAAUUACUGGUUCCUUCAACACGGUGAGCACAGCCCAACCCCUCAUAAAUUUAUUGCAAGGUCAUCUUUCUUUGGAAUCUUUGGAAUCAUUUGUUCUAAAGUCAAACAAAACAAGAUCGAUUUAAGCCGAGGAUGUUUGACUCCUGAGUUAUGUAUGGGAUUACUUUAAACCUUAAAUUACAGAAUUUGAUAUGUGUUUUAGGAAGGUGAAUAUGUAGUUUAUAAUAGAAUAGGAAAAUAGGAACAAGAAUAGUUCUUGGUGCUUGGGUGGUGCUGGUGGUAGCGGGACUGUUCUCAGAAUCUAGACUGUCGUAACUGCUUAGGACUGAGAGAGAAUAUGAAAACCGGCUGCUUCUACUCCUGUGCUUUUAGAUAGAUCUAGUUCAUGAAAACGUACUGGACACAUAAGAUUCUCUUCUAAUUUUUAAGAGAUCGAGGAAAAACGUCAUUGUCCCUUUCAGUAAUCAGUUCCUACUUUUAUCAGUUUCUGUUAAGGAAUUGGAUGUAUUUUAAUAAGAACGUGGGCUUGGGACUCAGUAGACCCAGAUGUGAAUUGCAGCUUUCCAGCUUGUGAAUUUACCUAAGCUUUCAGAAUGCUGCUUUGCUGAUCUAUAAAGGGAGAAUUUCUUCCUCGAGGAUCCUAAUGUAUGUUAAAAUGCAAUAGUGUUUAGGCUAACACCUCUGGCGGUAGGUGUUAAAUAGGUGCUAGUUUUCCUUUGUAUUUCUAAUCUGAAUAUCUCAUUCUUUAGGGAUAAAAGACUUGAAAAAAAAAACUCAUGCUGCAAUGAAAGCUCCUUUUCUUUUCUUUUGCUUGCCCUGAAGGUGGCAGGUUACUUUCAAGUAUGUGGACUUCUCUGAUUCAGAGAGUACGGACCCAGUUGCCGUUAACCAUCCCUGAGUAAUCAUCUCGUUUCCUUUAACCUUUGCUGGAUUUCAUUCUUCUUCCCUGUGUUCAGCUACAUGGCUGGCUUUUCCCCAGGCUUUGUCCAGAUUCUUCACAUUCCUCUUAAGCCACAGAACUGGCAUAGAACUCUAGCAAAUAACUGGUGAGGACAGAGUGUAUUGAGAUGGCGACCACAUGUUACGUAACUGUUAAUGCAGACUGCUAUUGUGAUCACAGGAAGCUGCGUUUCCUACCAUGUUUUCAAUGCUAAAACGGCAGAUAGGCAGUUAUUCCCACCUUGUAUCUGUUUGGCUUGUCUGAGGACCAUGAGCAUUGAUCAGGUUCUACCAGGUUUGUGUCUUCAGCCCAGACCUCUGUCCUAAGCUCUAGACUCAUAGAUUACUUGACAUCUCCGCACGGACAUCUAAUAAACAUUCAGUGUGUUCAGAAUAAACCCCUAAUCUUCCCUCAUGCCAAAUUCUAAUCUCCAUUGAUUACGACUAUUUUUCUAGUGUCUCAGACUUUUAAAAAACGUUUUAGUCAUUCUUGACCACUUUUAAUCUCUUAAACCCACAUUUAAUCUGUUAGGAAAUCCUGAUGGCUCUGCUUUCAAAACAUCUCCAGAAUCUGAUCAUCAGCUACCACUCCCACCCAGAUUUUGGUGAUGGUGGUGGUGGUUUUUUUUUUUUUUUUUUGAGACAGUCUCAUUCAGAGUCUCAUUGCCCAGGCUGGAGUGCAGUGGCACGGUCUUGGGUCACCACAACCCUCUGCCUCCUGGGUUCAGGCCAUUCUCCUGUCUAAGCCUCCCAGUAGCUGGGAUUACAGGCACCUACCACCAUGCCCAGCUGAUUUUCCCACCCAAUUUUGAGCCACCUUGACCUUAGGUUGAGAGCUUCCUAUAGGUCUCCCUAUGGUCCAUCCUUCCAGGCCAUGAAUUGGGAGCCAAGGGUAUGAUGGAAAAAUCCCUGACCACCUCUCCUUACUGAACAGUCAAAAUGCUGGGUGAGACACAAAAAGCAUUUUACUUAUUUGAUACACACACACACACACACACACACACACACACACCCCUAGAGCAUGAAAGUCAAGUGAAAGUGAGAGGGCAGAGGUUAACAGAGAGCUUAGCUUCUUGUUUAAGGGUAUUUUUCAAAUGUGUCCUUUCGUUUUCAUGGCCCCCAGGGUGUGGGAGAUAAGAGACAAAGCCGGGUCCCACAUCAGGUGAGUGCCCUGAAAGGAAACUCGCAGGGGCGUUUCCCAGCAGCGCAGGGGUAAACUCCCUUAAUCCUGAGGCGAUUUUAGGAAAAUGGUUUUGACCUUUGGUAUUGAGUGUAGUGGGGGAAAUCACUUCUGAAAAUUAGUAGGCUGGUUUUCAUGCAAGUUUGAAGCUUUUAUUCAAACCACCUAGGUGGUCCCCAAGAGAGUUAAUUUUUGUGUCAACUUGACUGGAUCGUGACGCCCAGACAUUUUGCCAAACGUUAACUCUGGGUAUGUCUAUGAGGAUGUUUCUGGAUAAGAGACCGAGUAAAGCAGACUGCCUUCAGCGAGGUGGGUGGCUCUCAUCCAGUGAGUUGGAGCCCAGUAGAAUAAAAAGGACCUCCUCCUAGACUGCUUGAGCGGGACGUAGGCCUUUUCCUGUCUUUGGAUUCAAACUGAAAUACCAGCCCUUCUUGGGUCUCGAGCCUGCUGGCUUUCACACUGGAACUACAAACUGGCUGCCUGAGUCUCCAGUGCAUGGACUGUAGAUAUUGGGAUUCCCUCAUCCCCCACAGCAGACCCUCAUCCCCACAGCAGACCCUCAUCCCCACAGCAGGUCCUCAUCCGCCACAGCAGGCUUUCAUUGGCCACAGCAGACCCUCAUCCCCCACAGCAGACCCUCAUCCC